AUGCCAUCCGGUCCGAGUCACAGUGGCGGAGCAGUAAUAAACUUAGGACAAGGGGCGGGAUCCUCUUCUGCCGAACUGCAUACUCAUCCAGACUACCGCCAAAUUGCUGCCUUUUUCUUGGGCUGGGCUUUCUUAUACAGCACUCGAUGUAUUAUCACUUCUCAUGUGUUCUCAAAUUUGGGUCGCCGAUGUUCACGUUUCUUUCGCGGUCUCGCGCGGUCAAAGCGGCGUCGUGGGAUGGGCGGGAUCAUUUGUUCUCUAGAAAAGCCCUCCCAACAAAAUCUCCAACUCGCUGCAGAUGAUACAUCAAGUUCAAUACUCCUUCCAGACGCCCACCGGCUGUUGGUCUUGCUUUUAUCCAUUUGUAUUGCUUUCGGUUCUCUGGCACAGUUUUCUACCCUUCUCACUUUUGGCUCGAAUGGUGGCUCCUCUGCAUGUGCGUUUGUGGUCGCUUGGUCUGGGAUCUCUUUUGCUUGCGCGAGGCUGGUGGGGUUGAUUGUGAUUUCUAUGGAAAUGCGCUCCCUUGGUGCUUCAAAAUGGGAAGCGUGGCUGUUGUGGGGCAGUGGUUGGGUCGGAAUGAUUUUUGUGUUCAUCCUGUAUUCGAUUAGCACAGGCUCACUCCAAUUUGUUUCCCAACUGGGGGUCAACGUCUGCUAUAGAACGCGCAACUUUCCUAUUGCUCUGACAACAUCAGUCUUGUACAUGUGCAUUGAACUGGUUGUGAUCCUUCGCGUAUUUACCCUGAUUGCACCUUCGUUUCUUGAGUUUGGGCAUAGGAUCCAGGCCAUACCAGACAUCAGAUUCGCUCGCGCACUAGCCUUGCUUGUUUUUGACCUUCUCGUUGUUGUUCCAAUGGCCAGCUAUGUCGGAGUGGUUGGCGAAGACGUACCGCUGAGUCUGGGCUCGCUCGUCGUUCUCCUUGCUUUCAAUGGCAAUCAGCCAGCAAUUGUUACAGGAGAGGAAAUAUCAAUGUCGUCGCUCAGUCUUCCAGGUGGAGCUACUCCCACGAUAACUCUCAAGGCGUCGAAGGUUGAUUUAGACUCUUACAUCCCAAAUCAUCCAUUCGCUACAAGAUCAUAUCGUUCCUACCGCAAUGCGUCGUCCCAUUCCUCUAUGUCAUCUCCCAGCACUCCUAGCAUUAGUACCUCCGAAGCACUGGAGAAUCAGAGCACUCGACAAGCUAUCAUCCAGGUUGCUAAGCGUUCAAAGCGACCAACGCUUCCGCACCUGUUCAGCGCUCCUGCUGCAUCCGCUUAUGUUCCGCCGUUGUCCGUCACUGGCGGAAUGCAGGAACUGUCGUUCUUCACAUACGGUCCACCCAGUGCGAGGUCCCUCAUGCAACCUCGACCUCAAGCACCACCCACAGUACAGCAUCUCCUACUACAGCAAGAUGAAUAUGCAAGGCAGUGGCAACGCGACAAAACGCUCGCAAGGCUUGUACGUCCUGGCCCCCUUUAUCAUGGCCUGCUUGUUUCCCCCGCAACAUCCAUGUUCUUUAAGUCGCCUGUCUCUGCGACAUCUGUUCGCUUUGAGCCCGACGCACGGAAAUCUGACUCCUCCAAACGAACGCUGGGCUCCUUGGUCCACCGCGCUCAUACGACCUGGCGGACUUCGGGAAGCUCUCACCACGGCAGACGUUUCCACCAUCAAACUACUACUGAGACGGAAUCGGCCCAUUCUGCAUGCGCUUCUUCUGAAGAGAGAUAUGUGGGGGUAAUAGGCCCUGAAGCAGAGCAACAUGGAUCGUUGUCCCACGAUUCAACCGUCCGAUCCGCAACUUCAGAGUCCUCGCAUCCGUACGCACCAAGUUCAUACUGGCGAACAAGGGAUGUAAAGCCAACAGCACGUCCCGACCGUCGAAGUUCGCGACGCAUUUUGCUGCAGCGACUGCCUUCAUUGACUCAUCUAGAGCGAGAUUCGGUCAUUGUGGAGGAUCAAAGUCCCGUUGACCCUGGAAUCUCGUUAGACAUUCAGCUGUCACCAUCGCACAUUGGAUCGCGGCGAUUGAAGGGUCCUCGCCCACGCCCAACAGGGCACUCCCACAAGGGCGACAGUCUCGGCAGGGAGAGUGAUUUCCAGUCAGCCAGUACGACACUUGCUUCAGUAUCUACCUUAGUCAAGCCGAACCCGGAGAGAAGGUUAGGAGACGCCCAUGAGAGCUCGCCAUGA